AUGCCCGAGUUCACUGCAGCAAAUUGCCCCAAGACCAACCCAAAAGAACGCAUAUACAUAGCAAGCGUGAAUUGGAACAACGAAGCAAUCCUCCGCAGCCACUGGUCCCGCGCCCUCAUAGAGCUAUCCACUCAACUAGGCCCAGAAAACAUUUUCAUCAGCAUAUACGAAAGCGGCAGCUACGAUAAUACAAAAGGAGCACUGAGAGAACUAGACUGGGAACUCGAUCGGCUGCGCGUUCCGCGGAAUAUCACCCUUUCGCCUGUAACGCACCAAGACGAGAUGGCGGCACCUGCGCGCGGAGAAGGCUGGGUGAGGACAACUGCCGGCGGUGCAAAGCAGCUAAGGCGGGUUCCCUAUCUGGCGCGGGUGCGGAAUCUGGGAUUGUUGCCAUUGUAUGAUCUUGCACGGCAAGGGAUUUCGUUUGACAAGAUACUGUUUCUGAAUGAUGUUGUUUUCACGCCCGAGGAUGUCUUCGAGCUUCUCGGCACCAAUGGUGGUGAAUAUGGCGCGGCUUGUUCCUUGGAUUUCUCCAGGCCGCCCCAUUAUUAUGAUACCUUUGCGCUUCGCGAUAUCAAGGGCCAUGAGGCUGUCAUGUCGACUUGGCCUUACUUCCGAGCUGCGAAGUCGCGGCAUGCAAUGAGAAGUCUUUCGCCGGUUCCGGUUGCUAGCUGCUGGAAUGGCAUUGUGGCAAUGCCUGCGAGUCCAUUCCUGGGCAAAUCACCACUUCGGUUCCGAGGAAUCCCGGAUUCACUGGCGGAAUAUCAUCUCGAAGGCUCUGAAUGCUGUCUCAUUCAUGCGGAUAACCCUCUAUCGAAGGAAAAGGGUGUCUACCUCAACCCUAGAGUUCGGGUUGGUUAUACUGGUCAAGCAUACGCAGCCGUAAAUCCCAUAUCGAACUGGCUGACCACUAAGAGGAUUCUGCAGGGAUUGUGGGUUAAUCGAGUACGCCGGUGGAGUCUUAACUCUUGGUUUAAAGAAGAAGUCGUUCGACGGCGGUUGAAUAGUUGGGAGGCUCUCAGUCCUAAGAAUGAGGAGCUGGGGCAGCUUUGUAUCAUCGAUGAGAUGCAGAUUCUGCAUCAGUAUGGGUGGGCUCAUGUAUGA